AUGUCUCGCUUCGCCCCUCUUCGGCCCCUCGCCUCUCUUGCUACUGCCGGCCCAUCUAGGACCAUCCCUCGGAGGGCUUUCGGCAUGGCAUCUUCUCUUCCAGGAAUGGGCUUUGGAGACGAAGCCGCCAAUCCUGUCAUCCGGGACGCUUUGGUGCCGAUUGUCGUUGAACAAACAGCUAGAGGAGAGAGGAGUUAUGAUAUCUACUCGAGGUUAUUGAGAGAACGAGUCAUCUUUCUUGGACCUGUAAAUUCGCAAGACUCUACACUCCUCACCGCCCAGCUUCUCUUCCUCGAGGCUGAAGAUCCCAAACGUCCUAUCAAGAUGUACAUCAACUCUCCCGGCGGUGUUGUCACAUCAGGGCUGGCAAUCUACGACACGAUGCAGUACAUCUCUCCCCCGGUUCAUACUUUUUGCCUCGGCCAAGCUGCUAGUAUGGGAUCCCUUCUUCUCGGAGGUGGUGCUCCUGGACACCGGUAUGCGCUCAAAAACAGUAGUGUCAUGAUUCACCAACCAUCCGGCGGUGCCCAAGGUCAAGCGACCGACAUAGCCCUUCAUGCUAAAGAGAUCCUCCGUAUCCGCGCCUCCUUGACUGAUAUCUAUGCUGAUCACUGUACCCUUGCUGGCGAGGAGAAGGCAGCCGCGAGGGAGAGAUUCGAAAAGGCGCUGGAGAGGGACUAUUUCAUGACGGCAGAAGAGGCUGUCGAGUUUGGGAUUGUGGACAAGAUUGUGACGAGGAGGGGAGCGGAUGUGGAGAGCGAGUAG